AUGUCCACUGCUGCGAUAGAAGAGGAAGCAGAGAUUCUAGUCUCCAUAUAUCCCGAUGAAUUUGAAAAAAUCAACGAGGAUACAUUCAAGAUUCGGAUAGAUUUGGAUGCAGAUGAGUGCCGGUGCAAACAGCCGCCGCAGCUUGGGCCGACGUACCCGGACGAUGCGCCGUACCUCACACUCGACACAGCCCUGCCAGACGCAGAAGACGACAAUGAACCAGAAGAUUUUACCAGCGAAGACAAAUCCGCCCUGCUGCAAGCGCUUAGCGAUAUUGUGCAGGAAUCACUUGGCAUGGCCAUGAUCUUCAACCUUUCCAGUGCACUAAAAGAACAAGCUGAAGCGCGACUAGCGGCGCGGCAGGCUGAACGUGAACGCCAAGUACGCUUGGUGCAACAAGAGGUUGAGAGGCAGGAGCAAAAAAAGUUUGAAGGAACAGCAGUAACACCUGCAUCCUUUGCUGCUUGGCGUGCGCGAUUCCAAGCGGAGAUGCGAAAGAAGGAAAUUGAAGCAGAAGAGCUGGCCUUGAAGCGCGCAGGACCCAAUGCACCGGUGCGGAAGCUGACUGGACGACAGAUGUUUGAGGGAGAUCGGACCUUGGCGACGAGUGAUGCAGCGUUUGAAAUUGUAUCCUGA